AUGGGAAACCACAGUGUUGUUCCCGAGUUCAUCCUCCUUGGGCUGUCUGGGGAUACCCAGAUCCAGGUCCUUCUCUUUGUGCUUUUCCUGGUGAUUUAUCUGCUGACCAUGGUGGGGAACCUGGUGAUGCUGCUGGUAGUCAGGAUUGAUUCCCACCUCUGUACACCCAUGUACUUCUUCCUGGGGCAGUUGUCCUUCCUGGAUCUGUGUCACUCCUCUGUCACUGUGCCUAAGCUGUUGGAGAACCUCUUGUCUGAGAAGAAGACCAUCUCUGUGGAGGGCUGCCUGGCUCAGGUGUUCUUUGUGUUUGCCACUGGGGGCACUGAGUCCUGCCUGCUCGCUGUGAUGGCCUACGACCGCUACGUUGCCAUCAGCUCUCCUCUGCUCUAUGGCCAGGUGAUGAACAGGCAGCUGUGUGAGGGGCUGGUGUGGGGCUCCUGGGGCGUGGCUUUCUUGGAUGCUUUCAUUAAUAUCCUUGUAGCUCUGGAUUUAGACUUCUGUGAGGCUCAAAAUAUCCACCACUUCAUCUGUGAGCUGCCCUCUCUCUAUCCUUUGUCUUGCUCUGAUGUGUCUGCAAGUUACACCACCCUGCUCUGCUCCAGCCUCCUGCAUUUCAUUGGGAAUUUUCUCCUGAUAUGUUUUUCCUAUAUUCGCAUUUUGCUCACCAUCCUGGGCAUCAGCUCCACCUCAGGUAGAAGCAAGGCUUUCUCCACCUGCUCCUCCCACCUCACCGCAGUGACUUUCUUUUAUGGCUCAGGGUUACUCCGCUAUCUCAUGCCAAAUUCUGGAUCCACCCAAGAGUUAAUCUUCUCCUUGCAGUAUACCGUGAUCACUCCCAUGCUGAAUCCCCUCAUCUACAGUCUGAAGAACCAGGAGGUGAAGGCCGCUGUGAGAAGAAUGUUGAGAAAGUGUUUCUAG